AUGCCCAGACCCAUCAUCAUCAUCAUCAUCAUCAUCAUCAUCAUCGGCACAUUAAAGAAUAAUGAUAACAAGGACAACAAUAGCAAGUACAUCAAAGAAUGGUCCCAGUCGGUUCUCGAGAUGCCUGGGGAGAGCCAUCAUGGAGGCAGAGGAGAGACCCGGAGAGGGCCAGACGUACCGGAGAACCCGGACACGUCCCCGGCCUUCUUUGAGGCUUUAGAGAUGGCGACCGCGGCCUGUGACGAAGUGCGCUGCUCCGAAGAGAGGGAUGCCAAUAAGAAAGCAUCGUCCUCUCCGGGAGACGCCCAGGCUGCAAAGCCCCUGCGACCAGCCCUGGGGCGUCGGGCCGCACCAACACCCAGAGAACCGCGCCGGCAGCCCGGCCGCCUGCCCAGGGAUUUGUGCCCGGAGACGAGAAGCGCAGACUCAGGGGAAAUAGAACUUCGUGACAUGCCCCAAACCCAAAGAACCUACAAUAGGAUGUGGGAAGAAGCCCAGGACGCCCUCACUUCUGUACUUGAGGGAGAGUCUGAAAAGGCCCUGGAGCCACCCCAGGACCAGGUGGUGAUCUUCCAAAUGCUGGCCACCUUCUACGUCAAGUACGUGCAGAUCUUCCGGAACCUGGAGAACGCCUACGACCAGAUGGUGCACCCGCAGAAGCGGAUCCUGAUUCGCCAAGUGCUUGAUGCCGUCAUGGGCCGCAUCCUGGAGCUCAAGAAUGAGAUGGUCGAGUUAGAGUUUUCCGAGUUCCAUUAUUUUGAUGAUAUUUUGCAAGACCUAAAGCUGGCUCCUGAACAGCUAGACAUUCCCAUUCCAAAGUACUUCUUGAAGGAGAAGAUGGAGAUGCUAAAAGAACGAGAGAAAGCCCUUACCCAUAUAUUGAUCCAUGCCGGGAUGGACGCAUUGAGUGUGAAGAUUCCUGUGAAGGCCAUGCCCCUGGAGGAAGCCGUGAAGUUGAUCCAGAUUGCCGAGAGAGCCCGCCAAGGGCGCCUGAGAGCCAUCUUCAUGAGGCAGAUCUAUCAGCAAGAUUUUAGGGAAAAACAAGCCCGACUUCAUGGGGAGAAAAUCCAGGACGUGGCCGUGGCUGCCAUCCGAAUUCAGAAGCUCUGGCGUGCAUUCUACCAGUUUAGGAAAACCAUAAAGGAAAAGGAAGAAGAAAUGAUAUUUCUCGGAAUGGACCCAUCACCACACAUUCAAAGCUUCAACAACGCACUCCUCAAUGCCCAGAAAGUGAACUUUCAGCGUUACGAGGUCCAGGAGAAGCAUGAGGAGGAGUACAGAGAAGCUCUGAUUACCAUCAAGACCAACUUGAAGAGGUUAGAAGGUGCAGACAUCAAAGAGAGCCUCCAGGACCAGAUCCGGCAUUGGUUCAUCGAGUGCAGGAAUAUGACCGGCUUCUUUCCCGAAUACCCCACAGAAGAAGACGGGGGUUCCGCGCUUAUUUUUUCUGAAAAGACCCCACAACAGAUUAUUGAGGAUAUUAUUGCCAGGGAAGAAGAAGAAGAAGAAAAGAAGAAAAGGAAGAAGGAUGCCGACGAAAAGAAAGGGAGAAAAAAGAAAGAAAAGAUAGAAAAAAAGGAGACCAAAAAGAUUGAAGAGGAUGAAAAAUGGAAAAUGUCACCCAGUCACUUCAUCCCGGACAUGCAAGAUGGAAGCAAUAAGUACAAAGGAACCUGGAGGGAUUUAGACGAAUCCUGGAAUUUCACCCAAGAUUAUGACCCAGAAAUAAUCAAGGAGGAGAAGAGGAAGGAGCUGGAAACGGAGAUCAGAAUUCAGGUGGAUGAGCUGAUGCGCCAGGAGCUGAAGAAUCUGAAAUUAGCCGUGGACAGAGAAAAGGAAGUCCCACGAAAAACUAAGAAGAAAAAGGACAAGAAAAAGAAAGGACGAAAGGGGAAAAAAGGCAAAAAAGAGAAGGAUCUGACCCCUCACAGGACCGUGGAUUCCCUCUAUAAGGAACUUGUAGAAGAAGGAUUACUCAUAAGACCUUUGAAAGUCCACCUCUCCGAAUACAUCGGUGAGUUCUGUUACCUGGGAACUACCCUUCGUCAUAUAGCAAUAGAACCAAUGCCAUCGCUCUCCGACGUGAGACAGCUCAUCACCUUGUACGGGAUUCUCCCAUUAGGUUCUCAGUCGGUUCAUGAGAAGGCUCCACUGGUGAAGACGCUGCUGUUGGCCGGGCCCUCAGGUGUGGGGAAGAAAAUGCUGGUUCAUGCCAUCUGCACUGAAACUGGAGCCAACCUCUUUGAUCUGUCUCCUUCCAAGCUCACUGGGAAGUACCCUGGCAAGGCUGGCCUCCAAAUGAUGCUCCACAUUGUCAUGAAGGUGGCUCGACUGCUCCAGCCAUCGGUGCUCUGGAUUGGAGACACUGAAAAAACGUUCUACAGAAAAGUGCCCAAGAACGAAAAGGAGAUGGAUCCCAAGCGCCUGAAAAAGCAACUGCCCAAAAUUAUAAAGAUGAUGAAGCCUGAGGAUCGAGUUCUGAUUGUGGGGACCAGCAAGCGCCCCUUCGAGGCUGAUAUCAAGCCCCUCUGCAAAGUUUAUCAGAAGAUCAUCAUGAUCCCCAGGCCAGACUACGCCUCUAGAUUUGUCUUGUGGAAGCAAGUGAUCCAGCAGUUUGGAGGAAAGAUCACCAACGCCUUAAACAUCAGUUGUCUCUCCAAGAUCACCGAUGGCUUCACCCAAGGCCAAAUCGUCCAAGUCAUAAAGAACGUCCUCACGGACCGGCGAGUCCGGCAGCAGAGGCAGAAGGUUCUCAUAGCCAUGGAGUUCAUCGCCGGCCUGGCUCGGCUGGAGCCCGUGUACAAAGAAGAAGAAGAGAGCUUUAAGACUUGGUAUUCCAAGACCCCUUUGGGUAAGAAAAGAGCAAAUGCACUGAGUGGAGUUGAUGUGGACAAAGGAAAAGCAAAGAAUGCUAAAGGAAAGGGGAAAGAAAAGAAAGGGAAAAAGGCAAAAUAGAAAAAAAGAA